GUUUACACAGACGGCUAACUGCCUGGGGAAUCGUAGGGGAGAGGAAGUCAGCCGGCUCUGCGUCUGCCUGCUCCAACUUCCUGCUCAGUAAGAGAAAAAGACCAGGAUCCUAUUUCAGUCCAGCACAACCGUGCAGACCAGAAGUAAGCAUGGAAAAACGAGGAAUCUCUCAGGCUUCGCCGUAAACUUUCACGGACUGAAGAGACCGACUCACAAAUCGCAGGCAUGGACAGCGCCAUCACCCUGUGGCAGUUCCUGCUGCAGCUGCUGCUCGACCAGAGCCACAAACACCUGAUCUGCUGGACGUCCACGGAUGGCGAGUUCAAGCUCCUGAAGUCAGAGGAAGUGGCCAAGCUGUGGGGUCUGCGCAAGAACAAGACUAACAUGAACUACGACAAGCUGAGCCGAGCCCUGCGCUACUACUACGACAAGAACAUCAUCAAAAAGGUGAUCGGACAAAAGUUUGUCUACAAGUUUGUUUCCUUCCCUGAGAUCCUUAAGAUGGACCCGCAGGCGGUGGAGAUGGGUCUAGCCUCGGGGAGGUUCCCCCUCCAAGAAGAGGAGGUCCAGGAGCUGGAACCAGAGGAGGAGGAAGAAGAGGAGGUAGAGGAGGAGGCUCAGAGGAAGAGCCUUUCAGCGUUGGGGGUGCAGCAGUGCCGGAGGGAUUACCUCCACUCGGGUCUCUACUCGUCGUUCAGCAUCAACUCUUUGCAGAACCAACCAGAGCUCCUCCGCGCCCUGCGCGAGCAUCAGGAGGAGCCACGCUCUGUCAUCCGCUUCGGCACCAAUGCCAGCGAGAGGAGCUCUCCUAGACCGGCCAAACUCUCCUCUCACUCCCCGUCUUCCCCAAGUGUCCAGCCCGGCCGGAGCAGGAGCCCUGCUGCCGAGGAGGCGGCGGAGGAGGAAGAGGUAGACUCUGACCAGAGCGCUCAGCCCCUCAACCUGUCCUCAUCCCACAGAGAGCGGGCCUUGCCACCUCCAGAGAAGAGGAGUGGCAGCAAAUCCGCUAACAGUGGUGCUAACCAAGGAGAUGGACUCCCCCCUAAAAGCAAAAAGCCCAAAGCUCUGGAGAUCUCCUCCCCGUCCCUACUGCUGGCCGGGAGCGACAUCGGCUCCAUCGCCCUCAACAGCCCAGCGCUGCCGUCCGGCUCCCUCACCCCCGCCUUCUUCACGGCACAGACUCCCUCGGGUUUGCUGCUGGCUCACAGCCCCCUGCUGUCAGGGAUCCACUUCUGGAGCAGCCUGAGCCCCGUGGCCCCGCUCAGCCCCGCCCGGCUGCAGGGCCACAACUCCCUGUUCCAGUUCCCCAGCCUAAUCAACGGACACAUGCCUGUCCCCCUCCCAAACCUGGAAGGACCUCCCUCCUCUCUGCUCCUGUCCCCCACCACCCACAAAUCCUGAUCCAACAACAGUGAGAGAACCAUCACCUUCAUCAUCAUCAUCAGAUGUGCUCUUUAUCAAAGUCGGCUUCAGAAAAAUGGAACUCUGACCUCACCUUUUGUGUUUUUUGCACUUGAGCUGCUUCAGACUGAAAGCUCUUGGUAAAAGCCAUACAGCCCCGUGUCUGAGAGACGUUACAGGACAUGUCCGCCCGGCCCGGCCCCUCCAUGGGCCUAAACUACCGCUCCGUCUGUGCUGAUUUUCUUCUUUUAUUCUUUCAAAAAAAAAAAAACUAUUUUUUGCUCUUAAAUGACCAGUGCGAACGGCCGUUUCGCUGACGUGGUUUUGUAUGUAACAUACGCACUAAGCUUCUCAGAUAGUACCAGCUGUGCCUUUUUGUUUUAUUACAAAAUCUUUUAAUGAAGACGAGAUUUCAAAUCAAUGAAAAAACCUUUUUAACUGUUUCUUAUUGUACUUUUUAUACUGGACUUGGCAUACAGUUUGUAAUCUGUGUGUUUUUGUAAAAAAAUGUUAUUUUCAAAUAAAGACAGCAUUGAAUGCUCAA